CUCGCGAUCAACAUUGCAGCCGGCGGCAGUCGCUGAGCGGAGCCCGGGAACGGCGGACAGUUCCCGGCGGCAUCGCCGGCUCAAGACAUUAUUCACCAACUACUGUACCUUGAAGUUCAACAACAACCUCAGGAAGCCUGCAGGAGUCAGCGCACAAUGCCUGUUUCCUUAGAUCCUGGGUCACUGUUUCUACUGUACUCAUCUAUCAGUGAGUGAACUCAUCUUGAGGCUAGCCACUGCUGGAAUGAGAAGGCGACUGCAUUGUGUCUGUACAGCGAUGCGUUUGUUCCUGAAGUGUCUCCGACUAGGCCGCAGGCGGCGUUCGAAGCUCUUCCACCGUGUGAGGACCCUCUGGAGCUACAGCAAACUGUGUGUCAAUUCACUCGUUUACAACACCUUCACCAACACUGAUGUUGUCCUUGACUCCUUGUUUGAGCCCAUCUAUUGGCUGGUAGAUCAUGUGACCAGGUGGUUUGGAAUGGUCUUUGUGAUCCUGGUCAUUAUUCUGACGACCACCAUUGUGAUGAUUGUCUAUAUUUGUGUGCUGCCGGUCAUCAUGAGUACGUACCCUGUGGGCUGGAUUGCAUGGCACCUUUGCUACGGGCACUGGAACCUUAUGCAGAUUGUAUUUCACUACUACAAAGCUGUGCGGACACACCCCGGAUAUCCAACAGAGGGGAAAAGUGACAUUCCAAUGGUUUCAAUCUGCAGGAAGUGUAUUAAUCCCAAACCAGCUCGUACCCAUCACUGCAGCAUAUGUAAUCGAUGUAUAUUGAAAAUGGAUCAUCAUUGUCCUUGGCUGAAUAACUGUGUGGGCCAUUUUAACCAUCGAUACUUCUUCUCCUUCUGCCUAUUUAUGACACUGGGCUGUGUGUACUGUAGUGUGAGCAGCAGGGAGUUGUUUGUAGAUGCAUAUUUCACCAUCAACACGGCCACAGAGACUACAGCUCCCACCAUAUCCUUCCGAGAAAAAAUUUUCCACAAGUGUAUAAUUUAUCUCUGGGUUCUCUGCAGUUCUGUAGCCCUGGCUCUCAGUGGCCUCACCAUCUGGCACACUGUCCUCAUUCUCUGUGGGGAGACCAGCAUUGAGAGACACAUCAACAAGAAGGAACGGCAGAGACAGCAGAAGAAAGGCAGAAUUUUCAGGAAUCCCUAUCAUGCUGGCAAACUGAACAACUUGAAAUUAUUUCUUGGGAUAGAAAAACGAAGUCACUGGAUUACUCGCCUACUGCUCCCCUCGUCACACCUACCUUAUGGAAAUGGUAUGACAUGGACGCUGCCAUCAGCCUUCAGUGUGGAUAAGGCCAUACUGGCGAUUUGAGGGAUGACAAGAGACAUCUGACGAAAGACAUCAAAAAGGCUUUUUUGUUUGCCUGGAGGAUUUGUAAAUUGGAGGAAAAGAACUAAUAGCUUCACACUUCCCUGUGUAUCCUGGGUCUGAUAACAGAUACAAAUUUUCGAACAGGAAAAUUCAAAUGAUCCGUGGUGAUCGGCUGGUGCUCCUUGCAUUCAAAGGCAAUAAUUACGGAGUCAAUGAAGCAAUAAAACACCCGAGCAGAUGUGAGGGGAGUAAAUUUCCUUGACUAUUGGUUAUGCUCAUGCCACAAAGCUGUGCUUCCUUGGAUGGGCAUUAUCAGGGACCUUUUUUUGAACAAAGGUUUAAGGACUGUGUUUUAUAAAAACUGUAAAUGAUUAUUGUAUAAUGAUUGCUUUCUUUGUUAACUUUGGGUGAUGUUGAAACUGGGAAUAACUUCUGAGUGGCCAGAAGGGUGAAGGGGUGCCCAUACUUGAUCUCAGCAGACUUCUCCCCAAAACCCCAGUGGACCAACCCCUUCCCAUCACUCUCUUACAGUCAGAUUCUAAUGAAUUAAAACCCUUCCGUGGAAGAAAUUGUAGCUAGUUUUUAAAAAGCUUUCAGGCUGUGCGGUGGCUGAAGUUGUUUUUUUUGCUGCAGUCAGUUAUAUAUUGUGGUGUUUGUAUUUAGUAAGUGGUCAUGUAGGUCCUGAAUUAGGUCAUUUUGGGUGCUGAUUUUAAGUGGAUCUGUAGCUUGGGGUACACUGUUUCUCACUGCCCAGUAGGGGGGGAGGAACAAGUUUCAGAGACAUUGAUGUGAGCCUGAACCAGGUAGAGCAGCUUCAUCGAGGCAGGUACUGUUCCUAAUCAAAACCACUCCUCCUCAUCCAUAAAUUCCAGUGUAAAUAAUCAAAGCUAAAUCUUUGUUGAAUUAAUAUUGCUUCUUUCUCAUCCUUUACUGAAGCAGAAAUUUAUCCCUGCCCUGCUCAUUAGCUUUGGGGUUAUUGAGUGCAGGAGUGAGAACUGUCAUGUGAAUAAUAACAUCCAGUUGAGCCAAUUUGAAUAUCAUUCCUUAAUUUUGACAUUAAAAUUCCCUCACUUUUCACUGAGACACCUUACUGGAAAACUGGAGUGGAGUCCAGUUAAGGACAAGCUAGGUCUGUUUCUGCCACUGCACUGUGGCAAGGUUCACACUUAAGAGCAAUUUAUUAAGUAUUACAGCACCCAAAACACUUUAGCAGACCCCAACAAAAAGGGGGGCUUCUUUCAGUGUUGAUCCAUGUUUGCAGCUUAUUUUCUCCUUGUCUUAAUGUAACUGCAUUACCUUUGUAAUAUGUAUGUUUAAUGUGACCAACUGGAUACUCUACACCAGAGGCUGGAGAAUCUGAUUGGAGCUGGAAAUCCCAAUUAAGUUGUUACAAAUAAAGUAUCAGAUUCAUUACCUCA